AUGAGCGGUGAACAACUCGACGUGGGCCAGCAUCCCUCGGAUAGUAAUGUUGACAUUGACUGGGUGACUCUUGCUGAACUUCCUUUUGAUGAGUGGGAGCGUGCACAGCACAUUCCUGCUCUCAAUACAUGGAUUCAGAGAGCGUCCAAAAUGACGUGGAACGUGGAUGAUGAACAUUUUUCCCUGCCACACUACACAAUCGCUAUUAUUCGUUUGCUGCGUCUAAUUUCGGUUGAUUCUCAGCGCAGUUUAGAACGCCUUCAACGAGAAAAGGAGGAGCUUGAGCGUGCUGUGUCUGCCGCUCGGGAUGCCGAGGAGGCUUUUCGGGCUCAUGUAGAGCUACUGCAGAGGGAAAAUAGUGAGCUUCGCGUGGUAACUAAGAAGCGGUUUACCGAGGGUGAGGCAAGAGAAUCAGAUUAUCCUCUUAAUCGAGACUCCGGAGCAGAAAGGAUGCGUACCAAAGAAAAAUUGGAGAGGUCUGCACAAGAAUUGGCUCGUUUGAAACAAGAAAACAAUGAACUAUGUCAUGCCGUUAAACAUUUGAAUGCAGAAAAGCAGCACAUUCUUAGUGAGGAUAAAAAGUUUCGUCUCGAAUAUGAGCAUCUUGCCGCAAAACACAAGCGGCUUAUAGAAAGUGCUAAAAAGACCGAUGAGAUGUUGCGGGAAUUUCAGCGUUCAGAAAAGGCGAGGGAACGAGAUGAUGAAAGUGAACUGCAUCGACUGCGUCGUAAAGUGCGAACUCUUCAGCAGGAAAAUUGCGAGCUGCUUCAGUCACGUGACCGUGCUGAGGAGCUUUGUGAAAGGCGGGAGGCAGAAGCAUUACGUGACAUGUCGGAGCUGCAGCAGCUGCACCAUGAUAUCGUGGAGGAAGAAAAGCAACGUUCCCAAGGCUUAGCGAUGGAGUUGCAAAAAGUCCGCCAUGAGAGUCAAAGGCGCAUGGAAGAAACCGUUCAGGGACUUAAACAGUCGUUAAAUGAAUUGGAGAAAGAAAAUUGCACUAUGCGAAAACGGUUAGAACGACGCUUCGUGGUAGGGCAUCCCUCUAAGCGUGACACCACUGAGCACAGCGCGGCCGUUGAGCAAAAUUCAUUAUCUAGCAGCGCAAGUGUGUCGUCUUUAUUACCAAACGGCUCUCCUUAUUCUAAACUUGAGUCCGACAACUGCACCCGACAAAAGUUGUUGGCAGACCGACAGCGACUGCAACAAGAGAAUGAUCGACUCACAGCGGAGUUGCAACAGGUGGAAAUUCGAGCUGAAUCGCAAGAUGCGGAAAUUAUCAAAAUUCAACAUCUUUUGAAGGAGUACGAGCGCGGUGAUGAAGGGCUUCAUCGCCUGCGCGGCGACUUGGCUGAGUCUAACCGAUCCAUAGAGCUUCUUCAAGAUGAAAAUGUACAACUGCGCGAGCGACUUAACGCAAUGGAGGAUACUUUAACCUUUUCUACUGCCCUCCAGGAGUUGUGUAUCCGCAUUGGCGUUACACAAGAGGAAAUUGAUCGUCUUCGGCCAAAUAACACACCACUCUUUAGUGAGGUGGAGACGCUACGCGAAGAGGUCACUAUCUUAAAGGAUGAGGUGGAGUGGCUGGAAAAGGAGCGUCGGCAUUGGAUGGACAAGGUUCGUUUGCAGCCGCUUCUUGACACAAAGCUUCGGCUUGAGUUGGGCCUUUCACCGGAACAGCUGAAGCAGCUGGAUCACAUGGUAGAUCAGAUGAGGUCAGGAAGACUCAUUGUUGAAGAGGACGGGGAGGACAAUUACAAGGAAAGGUACUUUCACGAACUCCAGCUUCGGCGAAAGGAGAUGGAGCAUUUUAACGACUUUGUCCGCCACCGAAUUGAGGAGGCGCUGCAAGACGCGCUUGGAAAAAUUGAUAUGAACUCGGCCUCUGACGCAGCUUUAGCGCUGCAUGCUCUGCGGGAGCGUUUUGACUUCAUCACUGCCCGUCCACUAAUGGACUCGACAGAAGAGCCUUCAUUAGAUGCCACACAGUUGCGUAUGCAGCUUCGAAGUGCAGCCCAACUUCUGGAGCAGUCGGAGCUUACUAUAAAGGAUGAUGCCGCCUCUCGAGCGAUGCUGCGUGAACAAUUGGCAGCUGUCACAGCAGAGCGAGACAUGUUGAUGGAAGAAAGAGAUAGAUACCGUACCGCAGUUUUUGAGGCACUAGGGAUUACACCGUCCUCUGUACCCACUGUUGAAAAAUAUGAAUUAAAUGCGGAAAAUUUGGCGUCACCUUCGGAGCCCGCUCCUGUUUCAGGGGUUGCCAUUGAAGUCCCCCCGCCACUGGCGUUGACUGAAACGCAAAAUGAUGUGGCUGCCCCGCGGCGUCUCCCCUUUGGCUCUAUCUCACGCACUUUUGAGGAACAACUGCGGGCAAAGGACGAGCUCAUUGCUUCCCUCAAAGCCGCCAUUGAGGCGACGAAGGAGGAGGUGACGCAGCACCAGGCGGCGGAAAUGAAAGCCACAGAGCGACUCUCAGAGGCGUGUGCGGUGCAGGAGGACCUCCGGAAUCAGGUCACUGCCUUGCAGCAAAUAAACGAGGAACUUGGCGGAAAACUGGAGGAGAGAACGAAGGUGCUGAAGGACCUUCAGGAAACGGUGCAUCACCUCGAGUCUGACAGCACCCGUCAACUUCUUCAGAAGGUAGUUGUUCUGCGACAACGUGAAGGCAAAUUAUUAGAGCGUUUGCGUCGUGUGCGAGAGACACAAGAAGAGGCGGUGCGGUCAGAGCAGACGAUGCGGGAAUAUGUCAAUACCACCUUCAAGUCGCUGAAGGAGGCGUUGGAGGAUACUUCUACCGGUUUUGUUCUCCCACGUUCUUCCAGCGUGAUAUGCGUCGAGAAGGACCUUAUUGACGACGUUUGGCAGCGGCUUGACGGGGUGUUGCGAGGAAAACUCUUUAAGGAGGACUCUGCGUACCUCCUUCAGCUGUGCCAGGUCUACCGCAACGUCGAGCACACGGAACAACUGAACACCUUAAGAGUCGAUGAGAAACGUCGACAAAAGCUGGUAGAAGAAAUGACAUUGGAAAUAAAUGAAUUGCGCACCGAGUUGGAGAGCCUCCGGAAAGUGCAUGGCACGAUUCCAGGGACGCAGGGUGGUGACGCCUCGCUGGCCGCAAAGUGGGAAACGGAGGCCACCACGUGGCGUCAGAAAUGUAGUCUCUACAUGAAGCGUUGCGAGGACAGGGAGCGAGAGGUGUCCACACUUGAGGCCGAAAUUGGCGAGGCCCGGGCGGAGUUGGCGUUGUUGCAGGAACACCUGCACGGCAACAGUUGCGGCAGUGAAGCCGGUACGAUUCAUUGUGUCACACGGUCGGUAGAAGUUCCUCCGCAGCCACAGCCACAACAACAACAAGAGGAGGAAGAAGGGUCACCACCGCAAGCGCCAGAGCAACCACAACAACAACAACAAUUGCAGCUCCAGAAGAAACCUGAAAUGAAACGAGUUGCCCGCGGCAUCACGGCGGAUAGCAACGUGCGGCAGCUAGAACGCGAUGUUGCUCGUCUGAAGUCUAUCAAUUUGGGGCUCUUGCAUCACUCUCUCGAUUUACAAGGAGAAUACAAGCGUAUUGAGAUUCAGCUGGAGGCUGCAAAGCAGGAGCUCUCGCUGGUGCGAGAUGCGGGAGAUUCGCGAAAAGUGAGCGAGUUUGUCUCCGCUGCCAUUCAGCAACACGCAGCGUUGCGCCGGCAGAGUGAGUUGGCAUUGCUUCGAGCAAAACGGUCUCGAAUGCAGCUCACUGCCACAGAGGCCAAUCUGCGUGUAGCUAUGAAGGAGGCUACCUCAUACAGGCUUAGUGCAUUUCGCCUUUACCGGACUUAUGUUUCACAGAUGGUCUCAGUUUUGGACUAUGUUCGUGGCCUGCAGCGAGGCAUUAAAGGGGCCAUGUCCCCGCAUCGUGUGGCGAUGAUGCACCAACGUUUUCUUAACGCCAUGGCGGAUAUUGAGCGCAGCCAGACUCAGCAACAUGAGAUGGCGGCAAGGCUCGUUGAGAGUGGCGGAAUGGUGAGUCUUCUGCAGCAGCAAUUGGAGCUUCUCAAGAACAAGGAUACCGAGGAGCGCGAGGAUGUACUCCACGCCAAAUUGUUGUCGUCACUUGCUGCGGUUCGCGAGAAGGACAUGCGGCUUGUAGAGCUGCAGGAGGAUUAUCAGUACGUGCAGCAAAAGUUGAAAAGGGCGGAGUCGCACAUACAGCAGUUGACCGAGGAAUUGACCCGGCUGGAGUUGCGGGCAACAGGUGGUGUCUCACUUAAUGAAGACAUCUUGCAGCGGCUCUUGCAAUUAAAAGAAACGGUCUUUGCAAAGGCGGAGUCGCCGGCGCUUGUUAUGCAAUCAAGUGGAGGUGAACUGCGUGACAUGGAAGAGAGGGACACCGAUGCCGCAAUUCGAGAGUACAAAACGGCUCUUGACAAACAGGCUGAAUUGACACGGGAAUGUGGCUCACUUAAGAAGCGACUGGAUGGCGAAGUCGCGGAAGCCCAGAAAGCCCGUGCUGAGGCAGAGUCCAUGAAGGAGGAAAUGAGUCGCCUGCAAGGACGUCUGCAGUACACGCAGCGGCAGUUGGAAGAAGAGCGUCAAAAAGCUGAGGAGCGCGAGCGGCGAAUUGUACGAUCCCACGAGGCGCAAGCUGAAGUAACGCGUCGUGCCGCAGAGCACAACAGUCAUUGCCUUCGGGACAUGUUGCAGAAUAAGGAAGCGUGUAUAAAACAACUUCAGGACCAGCUGCAAGUGGAGCGAAGGAAGUAUCUUGAAUACCAGCUUGAGGAAUCCUCACGCAUGGAGCGAUUACACGAUCAUCUUUUUAAAGAGAAUAAUGCCAUGAUGGAGCGCUUCCGCGAGGCAAUUGACGGCGUGACGGAAAACUACACUUACAACACAACGGGACAAGGGGCAUCUAUGAGUGACGCAUCACCUGAUGGAGUUGCGGCGCAGCUUGCACUGCUCACGAAAGAGACACUGCGUCUAAACGCCGAAUUGAAGGAUGCACGCACGACAAACAUUAUGCUUGAGGCUCAGCUAAACGAUCAGGUCGCAAAGGCGCAGAAUCAGCUGCUGCAGCAAGGUUCCACUCCCAGUACCCAGCAGGUGCCACAGCGGGAGCACCCAGGUGAGGCUUCUGUUGUUGGAGUCAUUACUGACCAGAAUGCCAUUAUCGAGAGCUUGCGGCAGCGAGAGUUUUCUCUCACCCGUGAGAUGCAGCGGUAUAGGAAUGAGCGAGACUUGAUGGAGCGGCAGCUGCACGAGGUCCGUCAGCUUGUUGUGGAGCAGGGUGGGGUACUGAAAAGCGUCGCUACUGUGGGAAUGGCGGAUCCGUCGGUGGAACAAGAAUUACGGGCUCAGCUGACCUUUGUGGAGAGCCAGCUCUCGGAGACGCGGGCGCAGCUGGAGCAGGAGCGGCAAAGUGCACGCCAGUUACAGGCAGAUACGAGCCAAUGGCGAUCGCAUCUUGACGUUUUACGUGAGGAGGUUGUGCGGCAGCAGGCUGACGUUGAGCGGGCUCGGCACCUUGUCACCAUGAACGAGGGCCUUAACGCAGACAUGCGUCGGAUGGAGGAGCAGAACGAGAAGCUCAUCCUGGCAACCAAAAUGCUGAAGGAAAAGCUGAUUGAACAGGCACAGCAACACGGGGACGACUCCCGCAGACAGCAACACGAACUUGCGUUGGCGCAGCGGAUGGGCUCGAUUCAGUUGGAAUCCACGGAACAGCUGAAGGCUGUGAACGAACGGUUGCACGCGAUGCAACGGGAGCUUGAGGAUAAGGUCCAUCGGGAGGAGGAGGCUCUCAGAAAACAUGAGGAGGCGCAGCGGAUGGCCUAUGACCUGCACCAACAGCUGCAGGAGCGGGAACACGAGAUUUUGCGUCUCAAGCGCGAGUUGGCUGCUCGUCCUGCGUCGCCGCCGGCAGUGCGGGGUGGCCGUGAAAAAGGAACUCAAGUCCUGCAGACUGUGCAAGAGGGGAAACAGGUGCUUCCUGAGAAGGCGGUAGCGGUAGUGACUCCUCCGCAACCCGAAAUUGCAGAGAAGCAAGACAAGGAAAAACCGCAGACGCGGCCAACGUCACGUUCCCCCUCCGCCCCUACACGUGGAUUGCUUGUGGACGUUGACGCGAAUGUUCUUGCCAAACCUCAGAUAGCAGCAAUACUGCGGCGAGAGAUCGAGAAGGCACAGCGAGACAACAUGCACGACAUCUCCUCGUUGCGGGCGGAUGUGCGCCGCUUAGAAAGCGAUUUGGAGGAGGCUCGCCAACAGCUGCGUGGCGAGCGCGAUAAGAGUCGCUCUCUGCGUGUCAUGGUUCAAAAUGUCCGACGUGGACUGGAGGAAAAGGAGCUUGCCAUGGCACGAGAAUCCGUGAGUCAACAGAAACGCGCCAAGGAGCGUCAGCAGGUUGAAGGCAUAUCCGGAAUAGGUUCAGGUGAAAUCCCUCUCACAGAUCCUACCGCGGUCGCUGUCCCAAUGCCAACCACAGCCGCUAUAGGUGAGCAGGGUGAGCUGCAGCGUCAACGGGAAACGAAUGAGCAACUCAGACGUCAGGUUGAGCGACUAAAGAAGCGCGUGGUAUCGUUUGACAGUGUUGCCAACGAGGCAGAGGUGUACAAGAAGGAGCUGGCAGAGCUGCGUUCCCAGCAGCUGGUGUCGGUGGAUGCGGUUAAUAUGGCCUCCCCACUCGAUAUACUUUCCCACAAGCGGAUCGUUCUCCAUUUAGAGAGCGUUAUUGACUCCCUUCGACACGAGCUAAGCGUCAACAAGGAGACGCAGCUGCGCAACCUGCAGCGCCGCGCCGAUGAGUUGACGGCGGAGAACCAGCGCUUGACAGCAGAGUUGGGUGGUCGCCGUCAGGUCACACCCACGCUGCAACCCUCGACGACAACGACGUUUGGGGCGGAGAAUGUAAAUGAUCGUGCAACACUGGAACGGGAGUUACUGGAAAAGAACGGCAUCAUUCUGGACCUUCGUUUCGAGCGUGAGGCACUGCAACUGAAGGUUGGGCGUCUGGAGCGUCACAUCGAGGACAUCCUUCGGGUGAACUCGGCCAACAGGAAACGCACGGAAACCUUUCAGCAGCGGAGCCGCGUGGAGGCGUUGGAGUCUGUCGUGGAGAACCUAAAGCUUGUGGUGGGACGUCUUCAGAAGGAGAACGAUGUGUUGAAGACAAAGACAGUGAGUAUGUCAAAGCACAUGGAUCUUGUGCGGGAGCUGCGGGGGCUGCGGCUGAGUGAGCAGAAGCUUCGCGAGCAUUCUGAAAUGCUGGCAAAACGUCUAUUGGAUACCGCGCCUAGUGGAAGCGCCAUGUCGCGGCAACAUGCAACGCUUCAGCGGAGGCUGCAGACAGCCCAGGCCACCAUGGAGCAGUAUGAGGCGGAAAUGCUUGAACUCAGACAAAAGCUUAAUGAACGUCAAGGUGUGGUGCAAAAUGAGGAGACUAUGCUAUCGGGGCAGAUGGACCAGGAGACGACGCCAGAAUGGGAAGAUCGUCGCAUGGUCCAGCCAGUACAGACAUGGUCUUCGGGCCUGCCCCCACCUUCACCCAACCCGCCAGUGACUUUCAAUGCGGGACUUUCUUCCAGUCAUCGCGCAUCUCCCCCAUGCAUAAGAUGA